CUCUGAUGCUCCACAGCAGCGCUGCGGAGGUUGGGGCUCGUGGUGCUGGGAGCCAUUCCUGCAGCUGCCAUCGGGAGCCAACUGGGUGGCACGUCCCCCUGGAGGGUGAUGUGACCCCCAGGUGGGUGAUGUGACCCCCAGGUGAGUGAUAGGAGCCCCAGGUGGGUGACACAUCCCCCCGGUGGAUGAUGUGUCCCCUGUGUGGGUGAUACUCACCCCAAGUAGGUGAUAUGGCCCCCAGGUAGGUGACAUGAGCCCCAGGUGGGUGGCAUGUCCCCAGGACGGGUGAUGUGUCCCCUAGGGGGGCAGUAUGUCCCCCAGGUGGAUGAUACGUCCCCUUAGGUGGGUGAUAUGUCCCCAAGAUGGGUGAUGUGUCCCCCAAAUGAGUGGCACAUCCCCCAGGUGGGUGACACAUCCCCCAGGAGGGCAGCACAUCUUUAUCAGCACAGAUUUUGUACCAGAACCAAUGAGCACUCCACCUUCCAGCCAGGGCUGACCGACCUGCCAGGGCCGUGGCUUUCCAGUUUCCCCUCUGCUUUCAGCUCUGUGUUGGGUGUUUGGAGCUGACAGGCGGAUCCUUUGGGUGCACUGUGGGUGCUGUGCUGGCUGCUGGCGAUGCUUGGCAGGAGCCCCGAGCUUUCCAAGGGCGUGAAAAGCUGAAAGCCAGCAAGAGGCUGCAGAGUGCGGUCUGUGACCCGGCUCUGCUCCAUCUGCAGCACCCAGCACCCAGCUCUGUGUGUCAGUGCUGCUCUGCUCCUCUGUGUGCUCACAGCUGCAGGGCCUGAGCUGACAAAGUCGCUCCCUGUGCGCUGCUGGAAGGGGAUGGCUGUGUGUCCCUGUGCUGCUUCUCCUGCAGUGAGGCUGCAGGAAGGCGUUCGCCUCCACCUUCCCUUUGCUUUCAGCUUUGCAGGCAGCUGUGGAAGGAGCUGGCAGCUGAGCAAUGGGAAGGAAAGCUGUGCCCUCGUGCAGCGUGGGAAUGGCACAGUGGGGCAGCGUGGGGCUCUGUGCACGGGGAUGCACCCGUGGUGCUGGGCUGUGUGCGUGGCCCCGUGCCCAGUGGGAUGUCGGGUUGUCCCACAUGUGCUCUCUGACCCCCAGGAGGUGGUGGGAAUUGCCGGGGGGGGGGUCCCACACCCCCAGCAUCCCCCUGCCCUGCCCUGUGCUGCAGCCCUGCCCUGCCCCUUCCAUUUUUAGCCUCCUCUUUGUUCCCAGCCUCAGCCUUUCCAGGGCAGUUCCCAGAGCCCUGAGCUCAGCCCGGAGCUGCGCCAGCGCUGCGUGACUCCUUCCUGGAAGAGGCACAAAAGAAAGCUUCCCCCCCCCCCCCCUCCCACCCCCCAAUGCCCCCCAUCCUCAGCAGAUUCCGGGGCCGUGUGGGAGUGCUCCUCAUUGCAAACCCUCACAUGAUGCUGCAGUCAUCGCGUCAGCAGCGGCCGCGCUCACAGCAGAGCUGCACGCCGUGGGGAGGGAAGGGGGGGAAAGGGGGGGGGCUGAGUGUUUGUUGGCAACCGGGUGCUUUCUCAGCGCAGGGAUGGAGAGCUGAGCUCCCACUUUGGGUCUCUCAGCCGUCGUUACCUGCAGGGUGCUCAUUGUCAGCGUGUUUGCAACACCAGCAGCAUAACACCUGUCCUUGUGAGCAGCUGCGAGCGGAGCACAUUGACUGCUGCUGCCUUCCUGUGCCUGCUGCUCAGCAACUGGUGCGUUGUGAUGCAAAGGAAGGGAUUUGUUGCAAAGCUCGGGAUCCCACCUGAGAGAUGGGGACGGCCCUGCUGGGCAGCUGGGCAGUGGCUGUGCAAUGGCUGUGCAGCAGUUAAGCAGCAGCUGUGCAAUGGAUGUACAAUGGUUGUGCAGCAGUUGUGCAGCAGCAGUGCAAUAGCUGUGCAAUGGCUCUGCAGUGGUUGUGCAACAGCUGUGCAGUGGCUGUGCAGUGGUGUGCAGUGGCUGUGCAAUGGCUGUGCAGCAGCUGUGCAGUGGUUCUGCAGCAGCUGUGCAAUAGCUGUGCAGUGAUUGUGCAGCAGCAGUGCAAUGUCUGUUCAAUGGAUGUGCAGCAGCUGUGCAAUGGCUCUGCAGUGGUUGUGCAGCAGCUGUGCAAUAGCUGUGCAAUAGCUGUGCAAUGGCUGCAGUGGAUGUGCAGCAGCUGUGCAGUGGCUCUGCAAUGGUUAUGCAACAGCUGUGCAAUGGCUGUGCAAUGGCUGUGCAAUAGCUGUGCAGUGGCUGUGCAAUGGCUGUGCAAUAGCUGUGCAGCAGCAGUGCAAUGGUUGUGCAAUGGCUGGGCAAUGGCUGUGCAAUGGCUGUGCAAUAGCUGUGCAAUGUCUCUGCAGUGGCUGUGCAAUGGCUAUGCAGCAGCAGUGCAAUGGUUGUGCAAUGGCUGUGCAUGGUGGCAGCCCUCGGUGACCCCACAGCAGUGCAAUGGGGCUGUCUCUGUGCCACGCAGUGAUGAUGGCACGAUGGCUGCCGUGACUUUGGUGGUGCCUGGCCCCUAUUUUUAGCUGCUUUGCAGCACCGUUUGGCUGCACGUGUGCAUAAUGGCUGCAGUCAGCGUGGCAAACAAACACAGCUUCUUUUUGCACUGCACACAAAAGAAGAGGACGGCGCUCGGGGCGCUGCAGAGGGCUCCUGCCUCUUCCCCCAGCACACAAUGGGUGUGUUGUGCCUGCUGGGGCUGAUGUCACUGCACACUGCUCCUGCAGCACAGCUGGGAGCUGCACGGAGCCAAGCAUGGGCCCUCUGCAUGCAGCAUGCACGGCUCCUGGUGCACGUGUGGCCCUCGGGGCAGUGGGGCUGUGACCAGCAUGGGGCUGUUGUGGGGUUUGCUUUGUUUCCGUGCUGCCCACACUCCUUGCUCCUAUUCUGGGGGGUGGGGGGGGGAGCAAAAUGAGGCUGAGAUUAGAAAAGCUCAGAUGGGAGCUGUGCUCAGGGCUCUGCAGGGCUCCGAGUCUCAUCUGCAUGUCACAGUGACCCGAGUGCAUCAGCACCUUCUGUGCAAAGUGAUGGGCUGGGAGCUCCCUGCUGCUUUCUGAAGCCAAGCCCUGCAGCUGGGGCAGCAUGCAGCCCUGCCCUGUGCUUGCAGCAGGAGUGUUUGCAAGUUGUUGUGUUUGCAAUAAGAGCAUUUGCAGCAGGAGUGCAGAAUACCUCGAGGAAGCCCAGGGCUCUGCUCAGAGCUCGGGUACUGUCUGCUGCAACAGAAACAGAAAGCCUGACCUGCUGGGCUCCUGCUUGAGCUGUGCACAAAGCGUGUGCAUGUCAGCGCGCUCAGAGCUGAGCUGCAGCUUGCAGCGUGAUGCAUGCGGUGGUUCUGGGUUGUUUGCAGCUGCACCCGACCAUGGCUGAAUGCAGAGCUGGGGAAGAAAGGAACCCCAAAGGAUCCUCAUUGCUGGGCCGGGCGCCGAUGGCAGACGAUGUCGACCACUAACAACAUCGCCCAGGCCCGCAAGCUGGUGGAGCAGCUCCGCAUCGAGGCCGGCAUCGAGCGCAUCAAGGUCUCCAAAGCCUCUUCGGAGCUGAUGAAUUACUGCGAGCAGCAUGCCCGGAGCGACCCGCUGCUGGUGGGGGUGCCCGCCUCCGAGAACCCCUUUAAGGACAAAAAGCCCUGCACCAUCCUAUAGCCACCCCAGCUGCCGUGUGUGCCCCCCGGGCAGGGCCAGGCUGGACCCGCUGGCACCGCGCCGCGCCGAGGGGUAACCGGCGACCAUCGGCUGCAGCGCUUCCAUCCGUGGGCACUGCGGGUUGGGGUGGUGGUGGAGGGCGCUGAGCCGAAGGGGUGAACAUUUCCAAGUAACACAAAACAAAGAAAAGGGGGUCGGGGGUGGGAGUUGGGGGGGGGGGGGGGGGGGUUUGGUUUGGGUUUUUAAAAGCCUGCGGUGGGGUUGGGGGAGGAACGGAGGGGUUUGGUGUCGUGGCGGACAGCGGGAUGGGCGAGGGGGGCGCGGAGCAGAGCCCUGGGUGUGGGUCCGAGUGUGGGUCUGAGCCCCUCUGUCCACAGCGAAGGCAUUGGGGGCUGCAGCCGUGGGGGGGGGGGUGAGUGCUGCUGUGUAGGAAAUGGGGGCAAACCCCCCCCCCGAUAAAGCACCCCAAAAGUGAGGAAAUGGAGAUCUGCGGGUUGGGGGGGGGCCGUGCUGGGGGGCACUGCGUGCAGCUCCCGGGCUCCCCCCUGGCUGAGCGCAUCCCAGCCCCACAUCGCCCCACGUUGCCCCACAUCCACAGCCUCGGCGCCGCCCCCCCCUCCGACCCCCAUCGCUGAGCUCUGACCGCCAGCCCCACCGCCCCGGGUUGUGCCGCAGUGGUGCGUUCUCUUCUCGAGGGAGGAGUUUCCUCUGUCCUUAAUCUAGUACAGUUCCAGCCUUAUUUUUCUACUCCAGAUUGCUGAUUCUUCCUCUAUGUUAGAGACCAGUGCAUGGUGCUAUAGCUGGCGGAUCGGGGGCAGUGAGCAGCCCCGUGCCCCCCACAGCCCUGCCUGCCCCACGCCUGCCAACAGUGCUCUGCCCAGGGGGGUCCAGGAGGGUCCAUGUGGGUCCAUAUGGGUCCGUGUGGGUCCCUAUGGGUCUGUGUGGGUCCAUAUGGGUCCAUAUGAGUCCAUCUGGGUCUGUGUGGGUCCAGGUGGGUCCCUAUGGGUCCGUGUGGGUCCGUAUGAGUCCAUGUGGGUCCUUGUGGGUCUAUGUGGGUCCAUGGGUCCAUGUGGGUCCAUAUGAGUCCAUGUGGGUCCUUGUGGGUCCAUGGGUCCAUAUGGGUCCAUAUAGGUCUGUGUGGGUCUGUGUGGGUCCAUGGGUCCAUAUGGGUCCCAUCUGGGUCUGUGUGGGUCCAUGGGUCCAUUUGGGUCCAUGCGGGUCCAGGUGGUCCGUGUGGAUUUAUGCUGAUCCAUCUGGGUCCAGGUGGGUCCCUACGGGUCCAUGUGGGUCCAGGUAAGUCCCCGUGGGUCUGUGGGAUUCCAUAUGGGCCCAUAUGUGUCUAUGGGGGUCCAUAUGGGUCCCUGUGCAUCCCUGAGGUUCCAAUCCCCGCUGCACACUGCUGGUCGCAUCCCCGCAGAGCCGCUGCCCCAUUGCCGUGCUGGGGGGGUGCGUUGGUGACAGCAGCGAUGUGGGGCAGGGCUGGGGCUGCCGGGGGGCUGUCGGUGUCUCCUCACGAGGUGAGAAAACCCCCAAACUCCUUUUUUUUUCCCCCCUUGUUUUUAAUGGGUUCCCCCCCCCCCAUCUGCCAUAAGCUCUGCUGGUCCCGCAGGCGUUGUUGUAUGGUGUGGGUGGGAGCUCCGAUGGCCGCUCUGUGGCCGGGAAUGCAUUUACCAAAAAGGAAAGCAA